CAAACACUGAAUGAGUGAAUGUGAGCAAAAGGGGCCCUCCUUUUAGUGUAGCCCUCAUCACAUGAAUUGGUGCCACAAAUCACUUGCAACUCAUUCACUGUCAUCACAUAACGUGUGACCAGUGAUGGCGUCCUUCUGGAAGUUGGCCUCCGGUUCUACUGUCGAGGAGUUCGCCAAAGAUGUCUACAUUAAGAGCAAUAUAACCAUUGAAUUGAAUAAAACCAUUAAAUCCAUUAUUAAGACAAUGAGUGAAUCCAAGAGCAAACUGCUAGUCGAGACCCAAUUAGUGAUGGAUUUGUGUCACAUCUUUGAGGCGAUCCUUCUUCACGGACUCAAACAGAAACUCACGACUCGGGUGUCAAACGUCUUCUCGAGUCCGUCCUCGCAGUCCAAGACCUAUGAAAUGGAUUUCUGGACCAUUGUAUUGAUCUUAUGUCACAACGAAGUGUCACGAAAUGUGCGCCAAUUGGCGAACAUCUCGACCGACAUCGGGAGGUGUGGCGCAUGGCUUCGGUGGGCACUCAAUGACGGCCUAAUCGUCAGCUAUUUGGAGGCCUUAACCGCCGACUCGUCUCUAUUGCACGGCUUUUAUCGGUCUUCGGCUUACAUUCGCGACAGAGAGCACACAGAUAUCGUCAAAAGACUCGUCAUUAGUCUCGACUCUUAUGUCUUCAACUUAACCAUCGAUAGUCCAACACUUGACUCGUGGAGCGAAACCACUCUUCGACUGAUUGGUGUGUCAUAUGUGGAGACAGAACCCCAACCCGUAGUGAUGGCCACCGAUGCCAUCCAACUCAUUGACGAUACCAAGAGUUGUAAAGCCGAAAUGAGUGACGAAUCGAAAUCUGGUUCAGAGAAAGACAUUGAAGACACCGUUUCGGACAACACUUCGGAAGCGGUGUUUGAAAUAAAGUCCAUUUAUUCCAAUGAAGUGAUCGAUGAAAUUGUGGGCGAAUUGGAGUUGGAGGCCAACAAGGAUUCCGACUCCGAGACCACCGAAACCGGCAAUAGUUUGAGCCGAAUGUCCGGUUGGAGUACAAGUCCUCACAAGUCUGAGGACUUGUUUCCAAUUCGGGACCAAAGCUAUGACGACAUUCUUCAGAGUUACUCAACACAAGCCGUCCUCUCGAGUACUCCAGACAUACGAGACUUAGCGACAACUGUAGAGAUGGAGAGCGCAAUGACCAGACCUCAGCACUUGACUAAAGCCAUCUCUAUGUUGUCCACCAAAGAACAGUCGCCCACAGACUCGAUGUCUUCGGAGACGGACUUUGAGAUAAUACCAAAGAAUGCUGUUUUCAAUAAUACAGAUCCGGAAACUCAGAAGUUUUUGAUUCAAUUGAUGAGAUUAGCGAAUGAAUGCGGACUCGAUGAACAGGACUAUAAGUGCAUUGCUUGCGCGCGACCUAUUGGUAUGAUUUACGGCAAAUCACGGCUGUGUCACUUCGAUGGCCACCAAUAUUGUCUGGACUGUCACUCAAACGAUGAGUCCAUAAUCCCGGCCCGAGUUAUUCAUAACUGGAAUUUCCGCAAAUACCCGGUCGCCAAACGAAACAAACAUUUAUUGGUGUCAACAGAAACGGAACCACUUUUUGAUAUAAAAGUUUUGAGUCCCUUAUUGUAUACAAUAAUCCCUGAAAUGAAACAAACACUGGAUCUGAGGACUCAACUGUUCUAUUUGCACGCAUACCUCUUCACCUGUCAGGAGAGUAUAGCCAUCGAAAUGCGUAAAACUGUUUGGCCACGAGAGCACCUCUUUCAGCACAUCCAUCUAUACUCUGUCACUGAUCUGUUUCAGGUCCAAAACAAUCUAUUGUCUCAAACGUUGGCUAAAGUGAUAGCAUUUGCUAAGAAUCACGUCCUUUCGUGCCCUUUAUGUACGCUUAAGGGAUAUUACUGUGAAAUCUGCAAUUCGUCACAAAUUCUGUAUCCAUUCAAUACGGAAUCGACUAAAAGGUGUGAGAAAUGCAAAACUGUGUUUCAUUUGCGAUGUUUUAACGAAAGGUAUGACAAAAACUCGUGUCCCAAAUGUCUACGAAUCGAAAAGCGAGAGAAUAAGAUUACUAUCAUUGAUAACCAAUGAAUUAACAGAUAUUUGUUUGUAUUUAUUUUUAAUAAAAUAAAUUUAAUUUGUUUAAGUAA